AUGAGUUUUGAUAUGUCACAAGUGAUUUUCCCUAAAGUUUCUGAAAAUGCGGCAAGGGAGAUUCUAUUCGAAGUUAGGAGAAAGCGGAGUGCUGUGAAAUAUCCGAGUUUAUCAGUUUCUGUUAAAAAAAGGAAAUUAGAACAGGCGAUCGAUGAUUGUACAAAAGAAUUUAUCUACGAUCUUCUAGAUGCAGAUAUACCUAUGCAUUCUGGAGAAUUAUCUCUCGAAGAUGCCAAAUUAUUGGAUUGUAAUCUAGAGACUUGUGAAUUAAUGGAUAAAGAAUCAGCUGAGAAUUUAAAAUGGAUACACACGUGUGGUUUUGAAGAAAUGGAUAUCGAAGAAAUCAAAGAACGUGAGGAAGAAACUGUAAAAGAAAGCGAGUUCUCACUGAAUGGCAUUCCUCUUUUAACCUUUCAGCAAAAGAUGCGAUUAUAUACAGAAGGCAAAUUAAUCGAUAGUAGCAACAAGGAGGAUGAUUUUGACAUCGAAGAUGAUCUCGAUACAGAAGAAUGUUGGUAUAAUGAUUAUCCGGAUGAUGGUGGCGAAAAAUAA